AUGGCUGUGAGUUCCGGCAGCCGGAGUAGCAGUAAAGAGACGGCGUUGAGGCUGAGGGCGGCGGCGGAGGCGGCGAUUGGCUCCAUUGGGUUGGGCUAUGAUAUGACGGUUGACCUUAGGCUAAAGUACUGCAAGAAGAGUCCGUCUAGGCUGAUCGCGAUCGACGAUGAUCAGGUCCGUGAUAUUGCGAUUCCCGGCGGAAUUUUGGUCCAGAAUGUGCCGACCUCCAUUAAUUGCGAUAAAGGUGAACGCCUCCGUUUCAGUUCCGAUGUUCUUCCAUUUCAGCAGAUGUCAGAACAAUUUAACCAAGAAAUAGCACUUUCCGGUAAAAUUCCAACCGGACAUUUCAACUCUGCAUUUGAAUUUACGGGGUGCUGGCAGAAAGAUGCUGCAUACACAAAAGCUCUUGCUUUUGAUGGUGUCUUAAUCACCCUCUACACUAUUGCCCUGGAGAAGUCCCAAGUGAUCCUAUCUGAGAAUGUUAAGCAAGCUGUCCCUUCAUCAUGGGAUCCAGCUGCAUUGGCAAGGUUUAUUGAGAAGUAUGGCACCCAUAUCAUUGUUGGAGUCAAGAUGGGUGGCAAGGACGUUGUAUAUGUGAAGCAGCUAUAUUCAUCGGCCCUUCAGCCUGUUGAUGUUCAGAAAAAGUUGAAAGACGUCGCAGAUAAGAGGUUCAGUGAUGCAGGUGGACCUUCAAGUGACCACUCAGAUAAAGCUUAUGCUAGAAACGUUCUUGGCAGCAAUGAACGUGGCAAUGCCUUCUUGGAUACUAGUGCAGACACUGUUUUUGCACAAAAUGAGGAUGUUACUUUCUUUUGCCGAAGGAGAGGUGGGAGCGGUAGCAAGAAUUUAUCCCACAUCAAUUGGUCUCGAACCGUCCAACUCGAACCUGAUGUUAUUUCAAUGUCCUUUAUCCCAAUCUCAUCACUUUUGAAUGGAAUUGAUGGAAGUGGAUUUUUGAGCCAUGCCAUAAAUCUUUACCUACGUUAUAAGCCUCCGAUUGAAGAAUUGUAUCAGUUUCUGGAAUUUCAACAUCCUAGGCAAUGGGCUCCUGUAUUUGGUGACCUUGCAGUAGGUCCUGAGAGAAAGGAGCAAAAUGGUGCAUCUUUGCAGUUCAGCCUAAUGGGUCCGAAGUUAUAUGUUAACACGAUUCCGGUGGAUGUUGCUAACAAGCCUGUGACUGGCCUUCGAUUAUACUUGGAAGGGAAGAAAAGUAAUUGCUUGGCAAUCCAUCUGCAGCACCUUUCGUCAUUACCUAAGAGCUUUCAACUUCAGAAUGAAUCAAAUCUGAAGAUGUCAGGCAACUCGAUUGACAGAAGAUAUUUAGAGAAAGUUCAGUGGAAGAGCUUCUCGCAUGUGUGCACAGCUCCUGUUGAAUCCGAUGAAGACCUGUCCAUUGUCACUGGUGCUGAAUUUGAAGUUAAGGAAUCUGGAAUGAAAAAUGUUCUCUUUUUGCGGCUUCAUUUUUCCAAGGUCAUUGGUGCCAUGGUUGUGAAAAAACCUGAAUGGGAUGGUUCGCCUGUGCUUGGCCAAAAGUCUGGUAUCAUCUCAACGUUGAUCAGCACACGUUUCUCCACCAGUCAGAAACCUCCUCCGAAGCCAUCUGAGGUUCAUAUCAACUCAGCUCUGUAUCCUGAAGGUCCUCCAAUAUCUGCACAAACCCGUAAACUUUUGAAGUAUGUGGACACUACAGAGAUGACCAGAGGACCACAGGAUCCACCUGGAUACUGGGUGGUUUCCGGGGCUAGGCUUGUAGUCGACAAUGGCAAGAUUUCUCUCCGUGUUAAGUAUUCUCUCUUGGCUAUAAUGUUACCAGAUGAAGACGAUCAAUAUCAUGUAUAA